UAUAUUCCUUGUACUUUAGAUAUAUUAAACUGCAUAUUAUGUUUGUUUUAUGUCCUAGAAAUGAUGCAUAUAUACAUUUGAACGAAUCAUUAAAAAAAUUAAAAAAUAUGAUUAUCACUCUUUCCAUUGGUGUGAAACAGAUAUUUUAUAGUAUUACACGCGUAUUUAUGUAUUAAAAUAUUACAUGUAAGUUUAUAUACUUUAUGUAAAUUUUUUUGUGAUAAUAGGACUUGUUAUGACUUAAGCAUAAAAACAAUUAUAUUUGUUGGGAGAUCUAGAUUCAAAUCCUUGUUGAAGUAUUACUUUUCAUAAUAAAUUAUUAUUUGAAUUUUUUUCGGGAAAGGGGGGGGAGACUCUUAAAGAUGCUUCUGAGCAUCAAUAUUUAACUAGUAACUGUGUUUCAAGACUGACAAGAUUGUCGGCGCACAGUUUAUAUGUAAAUAAGAAUAUUAAAUUAAUAAAAAAUAUUGUAUUCAGCACUAGGAUCCGCUGCAAACCGAAAUAGGCAACCUUAACUUUAUGUUUAAAAAAUUUAUCGAUCGAAUAACUAACUUAUUAUUAUUGAAUUUUAUUUGUUAUUUAUUAUAAUUUAUUACAUUUCUUAAUUGUUACAAAUUAUAAAUUUAUUAGGUUCUUAAUAAAAAUUUAAUAAUUACAAUAACUAUACAUCUUAACUUUAUUUGAAGGAUAGAGAUUUUAGUAUGUUGUGCGGAUUUAUUAGUUAAUAAUUUGACGAGAUAUAAAGCUGUGCAAUAGGAUAAGGAGAUAAAAGCGAAAUUUGCGGCGUCUCAGUAUCGGAAGGCUGCAGGCCUGUGGUCCAUGACCAGUCGACGCAGCCUCCUCCCGGUUCCCGUGUUCCCGAGAGAGAAUCGAAGUCACGUUCAGUCAGUGGCCGACUCCCGUCCGUGGAGGUGGUGCGCGUUACCGCUCCUUCGGCUCUUUUCUUAAUAAUACACGAAAAGGAGUUUUUUGACUUCUGCAUACGUCCAAGGCAUAAUCUCAUCGGGCAUGACGAACAUCAAGAGCACGUGAAAAGAAACUUCUAAGAGAGGUCUUCCGCGAAGUUGCGAUGACGCGCGGCGUUGUCCAUCUGGUGUAGUUAUCGGAAGCGCUUACCAUGGCAGGAAAUCGAUACUAUUUCACGUGCAGUUUAUGGCUUAGGUCGCUGGGACUUAUAUUAUUUAUUAUAUCAGCACAAGUGCAUGAUUCUCUCGCAAAACAUCAUCAUAUAAAAUUAAGGCACGGAAGGCAUCGUCGACAACACGGCGAUAGUUAUCUGCCCAACAGUUUCGUAUUAGACACGGAUGAGCCCGAGAGAGGCAACUGGGGACCAUGGUCGACACCCAGUACCUGCUCGCGCUCCUGCGGUGGCGGAGUUGCCUAUCAAACCAGACAAUGUCUCGACAUAGAUGAUAGCGGUCAUGACAAAUGUAUUGGUGCAUCCAGAAGAUUCUUUUCUUGCAACAUUCAAGAAUGUCCCGGUGAAUCAAAAGAUUUUCGUGCAGAGCAGUGCGCGGAAUUUAACAACGUACCUUUCGAAGGAAUUUAUUAUGAUUGGAUUCCGUACACCGGAAGUCCGAAUAAAUGUGAACUAAAUUGCAUGCCAAGAGGCGAGCGAUUUUUCUACAGGCAUAAAGUCGCUGUGAUCGAUGGCACUCCUUGUGAAUCCGAAAAGAACGAUGUUUGCGUUAAAGGCAAAUGCAUGCACGUCGGAUGUGAUAUGAUGCUCGGUAGCGAGGCCAAAGAAGAUGCGUGCAGAGAAUGCGGUGGCGAUGGCUCAGAUUGUAAUACUAUUACCGGUUUAUUUGAUACAGACGAUCUUCAAGUUGGUUAUAUUGAUAUUUUACUUAUUCCCGAGGGCGCAACAAAUAUUAUUAUAAAAGAAAAGUAUCCAUCCAACAAUUAUUUAGCCAUACGCAACACAACUGGCCAUUAUUAUUUAAAUGGUAAUUGGAGAAUAGAUUUUCCACGCAGUUUGCGCUUUUCCGGUACAAUUUUUCAUUAUGCUAGAGAUCCUCAAGGGUUUGCAGCACCUGAUACUAUCACGGCUUUGGGACCUACAAAUGAACCGAUUUAUGUUGUGUUGCUGUACCAAGAUCGCAACGUCGGAGUGCAUUAUGAGUACAGCAUACCCAAAAAGUUCUCAGCGCAUACCGACCCGGAUAGUUACACUUGGGUAACUGAUGAAUUUUCAAGUUGCAGCGUCAGUUGUGGUGGAGGCUAUCAAUCAAGACGGGUAGCUUGUGUACGAAGGCGCGAUAAUCAGCCAGUGGAUGAGAGUUUAUGCGAUCCACAGUUGGAACCGGCUGACACUCAAAGCUGUAAUGAAGAAUCUUGUCCGCCUCUUUGGGUAGAAGGCCCAUGGUCAUCUUGCACCAAACAUUGCGGCGAAGGGGGUGAACAGACCAGGGAGAUUAAAUGCGAGCAGAUUAUUUCGGGUGGAAUUGCUUCUGUUGUGGAUGAUUCUCAAUGUCUGGAAAAAGUAGGGCCGAAAGGACUUACUAAGCAAGAAUGCAAUAAAGAUGUGGAUUGUCCACAAUGGCAUGAAGGGCCCUGGAAACCUUGCGAUUACAUAUGCGGACCUGGUAAGCAAAUUAGAACAGUUACGUGCUAUAAGAAAGUGAAUGGUAAGAUCCAAGUGCUGGAAGAUGAGGCAUGCGAUACAGAAAUGCCCGAACGUGAAAAGGCUUGCGAGCUGAGACCUUGCGCUGGUCUUGAUUGGGUUACCUCGGAAUGGAGUGGAUGUGAAGAAAAGUGUGAUCUCAUUAAAGAAACUAGAACAACCCAUUGCGCUACUCAAGAUGGCACAGUUUAUCUAGAUGAUUUGUGUGAUGCAGACAAAAAACCAGAAUUAGAAAGAGAUUGUGAGAAAGCUAAGAAUUGCGAUUUUCAGUGGUUCACUUCGCAAUGGAGCGAAUGUUCAGCAAAAUGCGGAUCUGGCGUUCAAACGCGCAAAGUAUUCUGUGGCACUUUUAGCGACGAUAUUGUGAAGAAAGUUUCGGACGAAAACUGCGAUCCUGAAAAGAAAUUUGAAAAUACUAAAAAUUGUACUGCUGAAGAACCGUGCAAAGGCGAAUGGUUCGCAGGGCCUUGGAGCAAGUGUUCGAAGCCGUGUGACGGUGGCGAUAUGACUCGUAAAGUGAUUUGUAUGAAGGACAAUAAGACUGUACCUGUGAGUCAAUGUAAUGCUGAUGAUAUCAUAUUCUCGACCGAAAAAUGCAAUGACCAACCUUGUGAAGAAGGCGUGACACCGAUCGACGAGGACGCAGAUAAGAAAAUGAUAGACUCAGAUGAAGAAGACUGCGAAGAAGAGGAGGAAGAAGGUGCAGCUGAAUUUAGUAUUCCUGACAGAAAAGUGACAGUUGACAAAUUAAUCGAACAAACAGAAGCAACAUCUCAGAGUUCGUCAUUUACUGGAAGUGACGCUUAUGACACUAUGUUCAGCGAUUCUACGCGAGGCGAUAUAUCACCUUCCGAAUUGGGUAGUGGCGAAGGUAGCGGUGACGAUGAAUUUACCAUGUUUGAUACUGAUUUCUUCACCGAUAGUACUGUCGAUACCGAUUCUACCGUUGCCGAAGAAAGCGAAAGUCCGGUUAACGGAACGAUGGAAGACAAAAUCGGCACAACCGAGUUUGGGACAGAGGUAACUGAACAAUCAGGUAUCACUGAAGAAACUGACGAGACCCUUGAAGGAUCCGGUAUCAGCUCUGAAGAAGGAUCCGGUGCAAGCACAUUUACAGAUGAAUUUACUCGAGAAACUCAAACCUCAACAUUGGAAUCCGACGGAAUGACGGAACAACCGACGGAUUAUUCCACAUCCGUUUCUAGAGAAUUGACUAGCAACGUAGAUAUCGACACAACCGCUAACAAAAAUUCAAUAACUACAAUGGAACCAAGUAGUAUGACGACUGAUUCAAAUGAUGUAACGAGCAAUACAAAUGAAUCAACUGAUACCGAUGGCACUAUUAGUUCAGCGGAAACCGCGAUUUCUUUCACAACUGGAUCGACAGAAUCCACCGAAACACAGACGACAGAUACUGAAACGACCGACUCUACAGAGACUGAAAUAACACCAACUACCGAAUCUACAGAUACGACUGAAUCUACGCAGUCUCCAAAUACAUUGUCUUCAGAAACGGAGACUACAAUUACAGGAGAAACAGCAACGGCUGAAAGCGAAAUUACCACAUCGUCCGAAACAGCGACUGAAAUGACAUCAACGAUUUCUCAGCUGACAACUGAAUUAAAAGUACAAGGCGAAUACGAUUUUGAUUCGGAAGAACAAAGUACUGAUGCUACAACUACGCUAUCGAGUCAAACAGACGAGAGCUACACUACAGUUGACAGUACGAAAGACACUACUGUUUCUGAGCUAAGUCCAUCAGGAGGGACUGAAACUAGCAGUAGCGAGAUAACGGAGGUAACCGAAUCGGGACAAACUACGGACUCGGGAGAGACAACUGAGUCCGAAAUUAGUACGGAAUCAAUUGAUGUAACAGGACUUACAACUGAAUCUAGUGAUAUUGUGACCUUAAGCACAAUAGAAUCCAGUGAGACUACUGUCUUGGGUUCUACGGAGACUACCGAGUCGGCUAUGACGACCGGAUCGAGCGAGACAACUUUGUCAGGCGAAACGAGUGAAUCGUCGUCUUUCGAAAUCACAACAAUAUCCGGUGAAACAACUGUGACGGAAAUUACGUCCUCCACGUUUAGUGAAGAAACCGAUCUUACCGAAAAGACUCAUAUCACAGAAAUAUGGACAACCAGUUUCCCAGAAAUAACGACGCAUAAACGGCAAUGUAAACCAAGGAAGAGCUGCAAGAAAACGCCGUUUGGAUGUUGCUACGACAAUAUUACUAUUGCUCAGGGACCAUUUGGUCAAGGUUGUCCGACGCCGCGCACAUGCAACGAGACACGAUACGGUUGUUGCUCUGAUGGCGUGUCACCAGCUACUGGUCUCAAGAACAAGGGUUGCCCCGAUUCCCAUUGUAACGAAUCACUCUUUGGCUGUUGUCCCGACGGUGUUACUACAGCACAAGGCAAUGAUUACGAAGGAUGCAAGGAACCAUGUGAAAAAACAGAAUUUGGAUGUUGUCCAGACAAUGAGACUGCAGCUAGUGGAAAGGCUUAUCUGGGAUGUUGUAAUAUCACUGAAUUUGGUUGCUGUCCAGGUGAUAUUAAAGCCGCUUCUGGUCCUAAUGGCGAAGGUUGCGAGGAAGAAGUCACCUCUAAAACGGAGAUAUAUGAAAAAACAACGCAACCUAUUUCAUCUGAAGAUUGUGCCAAUACCACUUAUGGUUGUUGUCCUGAUGGUAUCGCUAUUGCAAAUGGCGCCAACUUUGAGGGAUGCGGUGUCAUUAAUGCUGAAAACUGCAGCGCGUCCUACUUUGGAUGCUGUUCAGACGGAGUUUCCCCUGCUCUCGGACCAGACAACUAUGGCUGUCGAAUGCCAUGCCACGAUAGUGCUUAUGGAUGUUGUGAGGACGAAAUAACCCCAGCACAUGGACCGAACAAUGAGGGUUGUUGCUUAUCGACUCCGUAUAAAUGCUGUCCAGAUAACAUUUUACCAGCUCGUGGACCAAACUUCUACGGUUGUGGUUGUCAAUACACCAGAUUCGGCUGUUGCCCAGAUAAUACGACAGCAGCACGUGGAUCAAACAACGAGGGUUGUGGCUGUCAAUACACACCUCACGGUUGCUGUCCAAAUCGGUUUACUCCCGCCAGUGGACCCAAUUUCGAGGGGUGUCCGUGUUAUACUUAUCAGUUUGGAUGCUGUCCUGACGGCAUUACUAUCGCCAAGGGUUCCCAUGGCCAAGGUUGCGGAUGCGAGAACACGAUAUAUAAAUGUUGUUCUGAUGGCAGAACGCCUGCUAAAGGAUCAAAUUUUGCGGGAUGCACAUGUGAUGCAUCGCAAUAUGGAUGCUGUCCGGAUGGAAUCGAGGAAGCUCAAGGAGAGAACUUUGAAGGUUGCCUCACUGUACCUUCGAUGCCUGGUGCUGCAUGCGGUUUGAAGAAAGACAGAGGCUCUUGCCGAGAUUUUACAGUCAAGUGGUUCUAUGAUACCGACUACGGUGGUUGUUCAAGGUUUUGGUAUGGCGGCUGCGAGGGUAACGAAAAUCGAUUCAAAACACAGGAGGAGUGCAAAGAAGUUUGUGUUCAACCGAAAGGGAAAGCGGCUUGCUUUUUACCAAAAAUUGCUGGUCCUUGCGAAGGAUAUCAUCCAACGUGGUAUUAUGAUGCCGGUAGAAAACAAUGUGGUCAAUUCGUCUACGGUGGUUGUCUCGGCAAUGCAAACAAGUUUAAAACAAGAGAAGAGUGCGAAGAACUUUGUGUCACACCAGAUGAUAUCGAUCCUUGUAAUCAGCCAAAAGAAGUAGGCCCUUGCGCAGGCAAUUUCACAAAAUGGUAUUUCAACCGAGAAACGCAGGUUUGCGAGCAAUUUAUAUACGGUGGUUGCAAAGCGAACGAUAACAACUUCCCGACAGAAAUAGCUUGCCAUCAACAAUGCUUACAGCCAGGUCGAAGAAAAGAUAUUUGCACGUUACCGCGGGCGGAAGGUACAUGCAUGGAGAAACAAUCUCGAUGGUACUUUGAUCAAUCAGAGAAUCGCUGCAUGCCAUUCUAUUAUACUGGCUGUAAUGGAAAUAAAAAUAACUUUGAAUCUAGAAACGCAUGUGAAUCUGAUUGUCCUCCUAAAAUUGAACAAGACAUUUGCCUCCUGCCUGCUCUCUUGGGAGAGUGUCACAACUACACUCAACGAUGGUACUACGAUUCCUAUGAACAACACUGUCGACAAUUCUAUUAUGGUGGAUGUGGCGGGAAUGAGAAUAAUUUCAUGACCGAACAUGACUGCGUCAACAGGUGUGAAGCGGCCGUGACAACUUUGCCUCCGCCAGGACAAAUUGAGUUCCGGAUAGAAUUCUGCUUUCUGCCUGAUGAGCAUGGUCCUUGUUCUGAAAAUCAAAUUAAAUGGUUCUACGAUAGUCGUGACGGUGUUUGUAAGCAAUUCCGAUAUGGCGGCUGUCAAAGUAAUGGCAAUAAUUUUAAUACGCGAGAAGAGUGCGAAUAUCGCUGUGGUGAAGUCCAAGAUCCUUGCAUCCUACCAGAGGUGAUUGGUCCUUGUAAUGGUUUUGUGAAACAAUUUUAUUAUAACAAACGCACUGAUUCUUGCUACGAGUUCGAAUAUAGUGGUUGUCAAGGCAAUAAGAAUCGCUUCCAGGAUAAAGAAUCUUGUGAGAGAAAGUGUAAGCGACAGAUGACCGCCGUUUCAUCACUGGAAGUUACUCGACCACCAGCCGUAAUAACUCCGCCGACUGGAGAACCGAAAAGUAUAAUUUGUUUGGCACCAGUCGAUUCUGGUGAUUGUGAUGACAGCAUCACUGCUUAUUACUAUGAUGCUCAACAUCAGAUGUGUCAAGCAUUUAUUUACACCGGAUGUGGUGGAAAUGCCAACAGAUUUCAGACUGAAGAACAAUGCGAACGACUCUGUGGAAGAUUUCACGGACAAGAUAUGUGUAAUCUCGCUGUGGACUCCGGCCCAUGCAGAGGCGUUUUCCGUAAAUAUUAUUAUGAAUCGAAUGUCCGUGUCUGCCGUGAAUUCAUUUACGGUGGUUGCGACGGCAAUGCUAAUAGGUUCAGUACAAUUUCUGAGUGCGAAUCUAUUUGCGUACAUCACGAGGAGCCAGUACCUCCUGGAAAUGAUACCAGUAUUUCAAAUUUAUCAAUUUGUAAAGAACCGGUUGAUAGCGGAUCUUGCACAUCCGGUGCCACAAAACGAUUCUACUUUGAUGAGGAACUUCAAACGUGCCGGGCAUUUAUUUAUACCGGAUGUGGUGGCAAUCGCAACAGAUUCAAAACUUUCGAAUCUUGCAUUAAUACUUGUCUUAGGACGAGUAAUGAAAUAGACGUGGACUCAAACGAUACGAAAGAUCAGUGCGCUGAGGCCAAGGACGAAUGUAAUAUCAUUCGUUGCCCAUACGGUAAGGAGCAAUACGUGGAUUCACAGGACUGCGAACGCUGCCGUUGUGUCGAUCCUUGUAGGACGAAGAUCUGCCCUGAGAGUACUCGAUGUGCCAUUACACUAGUCGCUACGCAAGAUGGCACGGAAUACAAAGGCGUUUGUCAAUCAAUCGCUAAACCUGGUCAAUGUCCGAGAGUAUCCAACAGUACAAGAUGCGAACAAGAAUGUGUCACAGAUGCGGAUUGUACCGGAGAACGGAAAUGUUGUAACAGUGGUUGUGGUACAUCUUGUCUAGAGCCCGCGCCGGAAGAACUGACGACAUCACGGCCCACAGUUACCCCGCCACAAUACGGUGGUGAACCCGCGAUGAUUCAACAACCCGAAGAACCUCAUGUCAGCGCGCAAGAAGGUGGCUAUGUUACAUUAAAAUGCAUUGCGCUAGGAACUCCCAAACCAAUCAUUACAUGGAGAAAAGAUACUACAUUGAUUGGUCCUUCGGAGAAAAGACGACGUAUACUACUCGAUGGAUCUCUUCAGAUCAUUAAUUUAUAUACUUACGAUAGAGGAAUUUAUGUGUGUACUGCUGAUAACGGUUUAGGGCCACCAGUGAGGGCAGAAUAUCAAUUGGACAUUACAGAACCAAGCGAACUUCCCGUUGCCAUCAUUGGAGAACCCGAUACUCGCAUAACAGUGACGAUGAACUCGCCGAUAGCUCUGCAUUGUUACGCCAUGGGAUGGCCAAGACCAUUCGUCACUUGGUGGCGUGGUGAUCAAAUGUUGCCACUGUUUUCGGACAAUUACGAACAAGACACCGACUAUACCCUUUUAAUACGCUCUGUAACUCUAACCAGCCUCGGGAUUUAUACUUGCCAAGCAUUUAAUGGCAUUGGGACACCGGCCUCUUGGUCGGCGACUUUGCAAGCAAUCGGGCCUGUCUACAAUGUUAAACCCGAACACGAAGAGUACACCAAAUAUCUUGUCCAACCACCGAAAAGACCCACUACCGAAAAACCACAGUAUCCCUAUAGGCCUACUAGAACGCAAUCUCCCGAACAUCAGACCUAUGUCCCCGUUUAUUCUUCGAAACCACCACACGUUCCUUACGUUAUCCCUCUUGAAACUACCACUGCCGAGCCCGGUAGCGCCAAGUUUAAAGUACCGGUUAAAGUCAACGUGUCGGCAGGACAAUCGCAAUUCCCUGAAGGCAGUGAUAUAAGUAUCGCUUGCAUCGUUGAUGGUUAUCCGAUUCCACGUGUACUCUGGUUUAAGGACGAUCAACUUAUCCAAACGAGCAAUCGAAUAAAGAUUUCUGAACUCAAUCGACUUAUCAUUAGCGAUGCAAAUCAAGAAGAUUCUGGCCGAUAUCGAUGCGAAGCCACUAAUGAAUUCUCCUCAAAUUCUGAUAGCGUUGAUAUACGCGUAGCUGGUAUCUUCAUUCAUCCCCAUUGCCAGGAUAACACAUUCUUCGCCAACUGCGAACUUAUCGUGGCGGCCAAGUAUUGCACGCACAAGUACUACGCCAAGUUUUGCUGCCGGUCGUGCACAGAGGCUGGCCAGUUGCCGGCGAGAGGACCUCAUAUCGACAACUCGAGAAGAAGAAGGAGAUCUGUUUCGCGAAUGCUCAUAUAAAAUGCCAAAUCGACUUUUCGAUAUUUCCGACACACGAGAUAGCACAUAUCAAUUCUGGAUCGUGGCCGGAAUGGCGCGGUGGAAAUGGCGGGAUUCGUAAUAGAAAGAAAUAGAAAGUGAAGAGAAAGUAAUUGCGCGUAUACCUGCCUCUAUCGGACGUGCCGUAUAAUCGACUUGUUAAAUCACUGCCAAAGCCUUAGAGCGUUUAUACAUAGGUUAAUACGUUAUAUGUAUACUCCUACAUCUAAAGCGUGCUGGAGCGAUAUUGCGCUAGAGCGGAGCGCAAUCUCGUUCUCGAACGUUUUUAUCCAUGUAUAUACGAUCUGACGCUGAAUCCUAGUCCGUUGGAGCCAUAUUAGGCGGGAUAAUUAAGAGACCAGUGGAAACGUCGUGACCGCACAUAUUUUUUAGAUGAUGUCCCACGGUUACCCAAGUAACUGAUGUCGACUGAGCACGAUUUAAUUUUACGCGGAUUAAUUUUGCAUUAUUGAAUAUGCGGCAAGUAUUGUUUCUAACUGGUGUUCUUUUAAGUGUAUAUUUUAUGUGUCGCCAUAAUAACUGUACUUGAACUUAACCGUAGUAUAAUUAUGACAACUCACAGCAGCGUACCCACAAUAAUGCGCGAUUCUUGUAAAUUUCUUUGUGAAGUCUUGUAUAAUCUUGGGAAUACGGUCUAAAAAAUUUUGAUCGAUGUGAGAUUACGAUACAGCGCAACCAUUUCUUUUUCCACUCAGCAUAGAGUGUUAGUGUGUACGAUACGACGAUAUGAGAAUGAAACGCAAUGCACGAAAUAAAGUUUUCCCACAUAAAACAUUAUCUAACGAUAAGUUGAAUAAUGUCCUUCAUCACACUAGACACAGUGAUUAAAAAAAAAACUUAUACUUAUUUGCUAUUAAACAUAUGGACACUUUACGCACAAUUAAAAAUUUACGUACAAUAUAAAUA